AGACAAGCCAACCAUUCACGUUGAUUCAGCAGCGCAGCACGCAACAGCAGGCGCUUUCUGCUGGUGUGGGCGGUCAGGGGUUUCUCUUCCCGAGUGUUUUGUCGGGCGUUGUGAGCGAGACUCUGCGUCGAGGAAGAGCAACAGGUGGCCCGACAGCCGUGCUUAGGAGGUCCUUGAGCUGAGCGCGGCGGCGCGAUUUCUUGGCGGCAUUGCCGGUGCUGCGAGUCUGUCACCUGCACUUGUUCUCGGUAGCAACCCGAUUCAUCUGCACGCCUAGGACGCCUUGCAACAACAACGUUUCUAACAAUGCCCGACAAGAUGUGCCACAGGUUAGCGUGCCGAUGCCCUCGCUGUCGCGAUGGGCUCUGUUUCCCCGACCGGCCAUGCGCCGCCGCAUAGCCGUAAAGGACUGAGGCACAGGAUGGUGCCCCGUCUGACAGGCGACAAAGCGGCCAAGGAGGGCCAGCCACUCAGUGACCUGGCCUCCUCUACUCCUGCCCAACGCAAUGAUGUCGAGUCGGGCGGAGAGGGUGACUGGACGGCCGACGAGGAGGUGACGGUGGUGGACAAGGAGCCACUGCUACCGCGGCGGCUCAGUGCGGAUGGUGUUAAAGGUGACAGGGCCGGAACCACUACGAGUGACACCCCAGAGGCCCUCUGGUCGGUGGCUGUGCAGGUGUUUGUGCCAUUCCUCAUUGCUGGGUUUGGCACAGUUGGUGCUGGACUGGUGCUGGACGUCAUCCAGCACUGGAAAGUGUUCCAGAAGGUGUCCGAGCUGUUCAUCCUCGUGCCGGCGCUACUGGGGCUCAAGGGCAACCUGGAGAUGACUCUGGCCUCGCGCCUCUCCACUCAGGCAAACUUGGGAAAAAUGGACACUUCAGCCGAGCAGUGGAGGAUGGCCACAGGGAACCUAGCAUUGCUCCAGUGCCAGGCGACCGUGGUGGGCUUCCUUGCAUCGCUGUUCGCCGUGGUCAUAGGCUGGAUCCCCGAGGGGGCGUUCAGCUGGCAGCAUGCGCUGCUGCUGUGCGCCAGCAGCCUGCUGACAGCCAGCGUGGCCAGCCUAGUACUGGGCCUGGUCAUGAUCGGAGUGGUGAUUGCCUCGCGCAAGUGCCACGUGAACCCGGACAAUGUGGCCACGCCCAUAGCGGCCUCGCUUGGUGAUCUCACCACUCUGGCGCUACUCGCCCUGGUAGCCAGUUUCCUCUACGCCUGCCUUGAGGUGCACCAAAUGUGGCUGGUGGUUGUGGUGCUUGUGGCAGUGGCGUUGCUGCUUCCCCUCUGGGGCGUAUUGGCAUGCGCCAACCCCCACACCCAGGAGGUGCUCUACACCGGGUGGACGCCUGUCAUCUCUGCAAUGGUCAUCUCCAGUGUGGGAGGCUGCAUCCUGGACUUCGCCGUCUCCCGCUUCCAUGGCAUUGCUGUCUUCCAGCCUGUCAUAAACGGCGUGGGCGGCAACCUUGUCGCAGUGCAGGCAAGCCGAAUUUCUACCUUCCUGCACCAGAGGGCGACGCUGGGGUUCCUGCCUGCUUCGGACCCAUCCGUCUGCCUUAAUCCCUUCACUGCCUUCUUCGGCAAGAGUGUGCAUGCACGUACAGCUCGUGUGCUGCUCCUGAUGGUGGUUCCGGGACACCUGGUGUUCACGUACGGCAUCCGGCUGCUCAAGGCUGGCCACACGUCGGUCACUCCCAUCUUCCUCGUAGUCUACCUCACUGCUGCCGUGCUGCAGGUGCUGCUUCUACUGUACAUGGCCCAUGUCAUGGUGCACUGGAUGUGGAGCCGGGCGGUGGAUCCCGACAACUCGGCCAUCCCCUACCUGACAGCCCUCGGUGACUUGGCGGGCACGGCUCUGUUGGCACUCUCCUUCCUUCUGCUGGAUGCCAUCGGAGACGGAGAUGCAUUACCAUAGUGACUAAUAUAAUCUUAGAGAUGAACUCGGACAUAUGCAGGGAGUGAAAAGGCUUGCAUUUGUAAAGAAUUUUGCCACAUGGGCUUUUAAAAUAUCUUUUUAAGUGCAGUAUGACACAACGUGUGUUUUCUUUUUAAUUUUUGGUAACACAAAUGUUCGAAGGGUGCCUGACGCAUUUGUUCAUCAGGUUGUUAAAGUGUUGGCACUUGAAGAUGUUUUGUUAUUUGCUGUUUUAUUUUUACACUGUCAAUCCUUGAUCAACAUACAGUGUGUUUACACUAACUUAUUGUAGCUUGUUCAGUGCCGAUUGUAUGCACUUGUUGAUAUUUUGUGCACCACUGCUGUACUUAUGUGUGUGUCUUACCUGCUUGUGCAAGAAUUUUGACCAUGUAAGUUGCCAGAGAACGAGUGACAGCUGCGUCGUAUCGCUUACCUAUAACAUUGUAGGGUUCUGCACACAUUCUUUUUUUUGUGACUGUCAUGCCCUCAUUAUGAAUGUGAUAAGCUGUCUGCCUUUCUUGUACCAUUAUCAUUUUUUUUUCUAGCACGGCAUUAGGUCCCUUUUUUAGAACUGUGUGUUUGAGGCGAGUAAGCUGUGCUCAAGGGCAUUACUGUUUUGAACAGAGUUGUUCCGAGUUGCGACUUGCAUGCUCAAGACUGCAUGCACGGUUAAGUGUUACAGAUUUCUGGUCUGUCAAUGAUGCUGGAGUGCAUGUCCUGUUGCGACAUCUGUGUCUUCGACUGACCACCACCUUGCACUGUCGAGGAGAUAAUGCACUGCAGUAGCAUCUUGACACUGCAAAUGUGUACUGUCUUUUUCCUCAUCAUCAUCAGCCUGUUCUAUGUCCAUUGCAGGACGAAGGCCUCUCCCUGCGACCUCCAAUUACCCCUGUCCUGCACCAACCAAUUUCAACUAGCACCCGUAAAUUUCCUAAUUUCAUCGCUCCACCUAGUCUUUUGUCAACCUCGAUUGCGUUUGCCUUCUCUUGGUACCCAUUCUGUAACCCAAACGGUCUAACGGUUAUCUAACCAGCACAUUACAUGACCUGCCUAGCUCCAUUUUUUCCUCUUGAUGUCAAUUAGAAUAUUGUCUAUACUAUUGGAGAGAUUGUCUCCAUUUCUGACCCCUUUAUUUAUAGGUAUCUCCCUGUUUUCUUGUGUUGAAUUAAGGUAGCUGUAGAACCUCUGUAGAUAUUUCCCAAAGUAUUUACGCAAGCGUUCUAUGCUCCUUGAUUACGUAAUGCCUCUAUGACUGCUGGUAUCUCUGCUGAAUCAAAUGCCUUUUCGUAAUCUAUGAAAGCCAUAUAGAGAGGCUUAUUGUACUCUGCGGAUUUCUCGAUAACCUGAUUGAUGACAUGGAUGUGAUCCAGUGUAGAGUAUCCCUUCCUGAACCCCGCCUGUUCCCUCGGUUGACUAAAGUCCAGUGUUGCCCUUAUUCUAUUGGAGAUUACUUUGGUAAAUAUUUUAUAUAAUACUGGGAGUAAGCUAAUAGGCAUAUAAUUUUUCAAUUCUUUAACGUCUCCCUUUUUGUGGAUUAGUAUAAUGUUUGCAUUCUUCCAGUUUUCUGGAAACACUGAAGUCGAUAGUAAUUUCGAUAGAGAGCCGCCAUUUUUUCAAGCAUUAUACCUGCUCCAUCUUUGAUUAAAUCGACUGUUAUUCCAUCUUCUCCUGCCACUCUUCCUCGUUUCAUGUCUUGCAAGGCCCUUCUGACCUCAUUGCUAGUUAUAGGAGGAGUUCCUGUAUCCUGUUCAUUACUGUUUCUAAUUGAGGUAUCCUGAUUCCUCUGGGUACUGUACAGCUCAGUAUAGAAUUCCUAUGCUGCUUUUACUAUAUCUUUGAGACUGCUGAUGAUAUUACCCUGCUUAUCUUUCAGUGUAUACAUCUUGGUUUGUCCUAUGCUAAGUUUCUUUCUCACUAGUUUCAGGCUGCGACCAUUUUUUAUGGCUUCUUCAGUCUCAUGUUAUAGUUUCGAAUAUCACUUAUUUUUGCUUUGUUGAUCAGUUUUGACACUUCCGCAAAUACUAACUUAUCUCUUGAUUUGGACACUUUGAUUCUUUGUUGUUUCUUUAUUAGGUCCUUUGUUACUUGGGAGAGCUUGCCUACUGGUUGCCUUGGUGCCUUGCCUCGCACUUCAAAUGCUGCCUCUGAAGCUAGCCUAGUUAAGAUUUCAUUCAUUAGCUCUAUGUCAUCAUCAUCAUCUCUCUACUGCAUAUUUGUUUGGAAGUACCAGCCUAAAUUUGUCUGCUUUUACCCUUAUUGCCUCUAGGUUGACCUGUUUCUUCUUGACGAAUUUAGCGCUUUGUCUCUUCAAAUUGAGGUGAAUCCUAGCCCUCACUAACCUAUGAUCACUGCACUUUACCCUACCUAUCACUUCUACAUCCUGCACUAUGCUGGGAUCAGCAGAAAGUACGAAGUCAAUUUCAUUUCUUGUUUCACUAUUAGGGCUUUUCCAGGUCCACUUUUUCUUGCUACGCUUCCUGAAAAAGGUGUUCAUUAUUCGAAGCCUAUUCCUUUCUGCGAAUUCUACCAGCAUCUCUCCUGUAGCGUUUCUAGAAUCGAAGCCGUAGUUGCCAAUUCUUGUUCACCAGCCUGCUUUUGCCCCACUUUUGCAUUGAAGUCGCCCAUCACUACAGUAUACUGAGCUUGCACUUUUCUCAUUGCUAAUUCAACAUCUCCAUAAGACUGAUCUGCUUCCUCAUCAUCGUGACUGGAUGUUGGAGGAUAGGCUUUUACUACCUUCAAUCUAUACCUCUUAGUAAGCUUGAUUACGACUACAGCUACCCUCAUCGAUGCUGUAGAAUCGGCUUUCUUUUUUUAAUGUACGUAAACGAGGUGGAUUUAGUUGCCUUAUAGCAAUGACAGCCACUGCUUUUCAUGUAUGAAAUUCAGAGCAGAUAGAAAGGAACCUCACAAAGGGAGUGAAGACAAAGGGAACUGUACGUGAGCCGCUGUUCAGGUUUGACAGUUACAAUGUGGUCAGCAGUUUCUCUUGCUUCUUCUCCACCCCAUAAAAAGAAAAUGCUGCUGCUAAUACUGCACUUCAACGGAUAACAGUGAGAGCUAUACAAUCUGCUGAUUUUGGUAGCCAUGUACAUCAGAGCUUGAGAUGCCUACUACCUGUGUGCUAGGAAGGGGUGUGUUUCGCCAAUGAUGAUGCACUGGUGCAGUAUCUGUGAUGCAGUGGUUUCUGAAGUGUGCCAAGCUACGUGCCGUACAGAAUACAGAAUCCAAGCGUGCACAAAAUCUCAUUCUUGACCAAGACAGUUCAGUAGAAGUCACAGAAUGUUGCCAACCGUUUAAGCUCUCGGCCCAAGCAUAUAGUGGCAAAUAGUUCCUUUUUUGCUAGCAGAAAACGUCGCAUGCAGCUCAUAAACUCUCACUGAAAUUGUCAAUGAAGCAAGAGCAGUGUGUCUCAAGAUUUUGCCAGAAUUUCGAAUUAUUUGGUCAGAGUGCUCCAGUAGGACUCUGCAGGUUAUUUUAUGAGGUGUGGAUCUCCCUGUCUUGAGCAGUGUUUAUUAGUGUUACUGUAACGACACUAUGCUUGACCCAGAGCAAAUGCGCUUGGACAUUGCAAACAUUUGACUGCUUAUGGAGUACAAUAAAGCUGCAAUGCUUUCUGGACCAAUGUUUACACCAGUGACACAGCGUGGGAAAAUUAUGGCACAAGAUGGCUCGAAUUCUUUCUCAGCCUUGUGGAGCUUGUCUCCAAUAACUAUGUCGUGUGCUCUGUGGUAUUUGGAAUAAGUUCUUUAGCUUGCUGGUUAACAGCUGCAUGGGCUCCUGCAAGCUAGACUGACACCUGAAGCUAGCAAGUAAGGACAUGUUUGGGACGUGGGCUUGGUUUUCUAAAAGAUAAUGAUCAAGAUGCUGUAAGGUCUAUCUGAAACAAAAAUCCUGCGCACUUCUGCAGUCAGUUCAGAAUUAGAGGACAGUGGCAUAGUCAAGUUAAACUCUCAUGUGCUCCAUAUUUGCAAAUUUGCCACCAUGUAUGGCACUCAUUGCAGGUCAAUCAAUGCCGCAUUUACAUCACUUCUUAAAGUGAUGCUUUCAGUCUCAAAUCAUCAGCUAAUGCGGUUAAAUUAUUAUUUUUUUCAAUGUUUCUAUUUUGCAUGACUUGGAAAAGAAUUCAACUCUGUCAUGUCCUUUUAAGCGCAUACCAUGGCUAAACUCUGAUUUUGUGUUAAGAACAAUGCUUAAGUCUUUCUUACAGAAGGAAUAUUUGUCUUCAUUCAGAUGCCUUUCUCUCUGAAUAGCUUCGAGCGUCACGGUACAGAAGAUACAGAUACAUUAGCAGCACUGAUGUAGCGACUAAUCUUAAAACUAUCUUUCCUCUUUUUAUAUUCUUCAUGCAACAAAAUGAAACAAGUUUAUUCAUACAACGUUGCCAUCACCAAAGGCUGUGAAAGGAUCAGAUAGAGCAGAAUCUGUGAGCUAGUGUCUGUGCUUUUGUUUCACGCAUCGAUAGGUCGACAGUAAAUGAACCCUUUUUUUUUUUUUUUUGAAAGCGCUCACUUAUGCACCCUGUUUUAACGUAGUCCAGUAGUGCUUGAGGUGUUGUUACGUGAAGCUGUGUGUUGUGGCGCCUGUGUUGCUAACGUUUCUGUCCUGGAUUAAUGUUACCGCCUGUGUUGUCACCCAUUGUCCCUUCCAUUUGUCACUUUCCUUUGUUUCCCUGCCUAGUCAGUAGGCAUGUCGCCAUGCCACCUGUGUUCCUCUACUUGAACUGCAGAUUCAAAGAUAUUUUUAUACCGGUGUUGUUGAGGCCAUGUAUUUUUGUAUCCUUUUGAGAUGGACUGUUUGAAGCCAUGUUGAAAACAUUCCUGGCAGGUGAUGCCGAAGCCACUGUGUCCCAAACCCGUCGCCGCCUGCAUUUUCAUGCCCAUUGUGACAUGCUUUCUGCCCUGUAGUCUCUGUUGUGAACUUGCAUGAGCAGUUCUGUAGUAAAUGUUCUGUUUCACUUGA